AGCAUUUAAUUACUCAAUAAUUAUUCGAUAAUAAUGUCAACACAUAAAAUAAAUGGUCCCAAUCGUAAUUCACAAAGAUCUACUUUAUUGAAAGUAGUGAUUUUAGGUGACGGUGGUGUAGGAAAAUCAUGUUUGAUGAAUAGAUUUGUAUCAAAUUAUUUUGACGAACAGAGUUUUCACACAAUUGGUGUAGAAUUUCUUAACAAAGAUAUUGAAAUAAAUGGAGAGUGCUACACAUUACAAAUUUGGGAUACUGCAGGACAAGAAAGAUUUAAAACACUAAGAACUCCAUUUUAUCGAGGGUCUGAUAUUUGCUUGCUAAUGUAUGCUGUUGACGAUCGUACAAGUUUUAGAAAUCUUACUCUUUGGAAGUCAGAAUUUCUUUAUUAUGCAGAUGUACAAGAGGAAACAGCAUUUCCAUUUAUAAUCGUUGGAAAUAAAGUGGAUGUGACAGAAUCUGAAAAAGAAGUAUCAACGGAAGAAGCAAAAGCUUGGUGUUUAGAAAAUGGUAACCCACCACUAGUUGAAACAUCAGCCAAGAAUGCAACUAAUGUAGAAAUUGCAUUUGGCGCAGCUGUAGCAGCAUGGGCACAACUUGAAGCUUGUAUGGAACGUCCAUUGAUUGAAGAUAUUGUCGAUUUAUCAAAACAACAGUCACCUCACCGUUCAAGCUGUUGUAUGCCUGUUUCAGGAGCAGAUUAAGUAUCUUAUAUGACUUAACAGUAUUUUGUUAUACAAAUAAUGUUAUUGCACUUGAGGUUAAUUUUAAAUCUAUAGUAUUGAAGUUUGUAAACAAUUAAUGAAGAGAAAAAGCUUAGGA